UCAUCCAGUGAUCGUUAAUCCCUUUGGCUGCCAUUGAAUAUGGCGAAGGCGAUGGUUUACACCUUUCUGGCCAUUGCCUUCAUUAUCUUCUUUUUAUCCCCAAGCAAACGGCAUGAUCAUCACCGAAUGUGCCUAAAUCGUCGCCUUGCUCACAAAGUUUCAUUCGAUCCUUUGGUGUCGAGAAUUGAGAGAUCGACGGAUGACAAAGGCUUGAGCAAAAACACUACUUAUGUUCCUGAGGUUGAUGAUGCCCAAGAGUAUUUCCAAGAUGAUGGAGUUUUAAACACCACACUAAGGUUGAUGGUUUUGUUCCCUUUGUUAGACAAUGCACCAAAAGAUGGUUAUAUCAGUGCCAAAGAGCUAGAGGCUUGGAUUAGCCAACAGACCAUUGAUCGUUUGAGUUAUCGAACAUAUAAAGCCAUGUUUUGGCACGAUAAAGAUGGGGAUGGGGCUAUCAGCUUCAGCGAGUACCUUCCUCAAUUUUCCACCAAAGAUAUAGAAAAAAAUUCAAUGGCACAUGGUGACGCUGGAUGGUGGAUGGAGCAAUUCAAGAACGCAGAUGUUGAUUCGAGUGGGAAUCUUGACUUCAAUGAAUGCAAAGAUUUCUUACAUCCAGAAGAUAGUGACAAUGAAGAAAUUCAGAGAUGGCUAUUACGGGACAAGAUGAAACGUAUCGACGAUGAUCACGACGGAAAACUGAACUUCAGUGAAUUUCUACUGCACGUAUACAACAUUUACAAAAGCUAUGCAGAUUUUGAAAAUUCUCCUGCUCUUACACCUACUGCUGAACAAAUGUUUGCACAGCUUGAUACCGACAAAGACAAAAAGCUUAGCGUGGAGGAAUUGAGACCCAUACUUCGCUAUCUCCACCCUGGCGAGCUGUUUUACGCUAAGUAUUUCACCCGUUAUCUGAUGCGUGAGGCUGAUGAUAACAAAGAUGGAUAUUUGACGCUUCAAGAGAUGCUGAAUCACGAAAGUAUAUUCUACAAUUCACUCUAUGAAGACGAUGCCGUCUAUGACGAUGACGACGACGAUGAUGACUACCAUGAUGAUCUUUAGAUUAACCUUAGAUUUGUUUUUAAUUUCCAGCAAUGUUUUUAAUUUUUGUUAGCAUCCAAAUCCCAUCCCUUU